AUGUCCUCCACAAGUACUACACAGCCGAAAAGGAAUCCGAAGAGAGCGGCAAAGGAUCCAUGGGCGGAGGACAAGUUAAUGACGAGCACCUCUUCCCAGCUCAUAAAUUUGGACCUGGUGAAACUUCUCGCGCAGCCUGAGGCCUGGAAUUGUCUGGACGAGUCGGAGAAAAAAGAAGUGCUCGAUUUACUUCCUGAAGAUCUGCAUCCGAAUCCCGACCCUACACCGGACGACCCUAAUGCAAAGAUACCCCCUUUACCGGAAUCGUUUCUGCGAUACUCGAAUAAUUGGCGAGACGGCAUUCGUCACUUCCAGCUAGAUCUCCAAAAUGGGCGCUACGACCCGGUUUGGCUGCGGCAGGCAGACGAGGCCAUGCAACAGCGGGCUGAUGGAAAAUUUGAUAAGUUCAAAGAGGAAGAGUUCGAGCAGUUCUGGGGGCAGAAACAGAAGAUGGACAAGACGCUGGUCGCAGGUCAGAGUAGUCAGGUGAAACUGAGCACCUUACUUGAACAUGGGGCAAUUCUUACGGGAGAUGUUUGGAAAUAUUCUCGAGCUUUCGCCAAAGGUAAAGCCAAACUCCUCGUGGAGAAAGAAGCCAGGAUAGUGGGUAUCCAGAAUGGCCAGUUAACAUUUGAAUUUCCCCCUGGUCAACGAGUGUUUCUUCCUGCUGCCCAGAACUCAGUCACGAAAGACUCAGUGCUCGACAAAGGAGAGGCCGGCAUACCACAGAUCGACAUAGUGACUACUACUGGAACAGAUCUAAAUGGGGCUGCCGAGACCAAUGUUGACACAACAGCCCUGGAUACUAACGCAACGGUAGAGGCUGGAUCAUCUACCAGGCGUAAAUCAGAAAUAGAGAUGGAACCUCACACGAAGGAAUACGGGAAAGCGCGCAAGGUACAUACAGUGGAGGAUAUUGAGCAAGAUGAUCAGGUGAAUUCUUCCACCGGUUUUACAAGAUCUACCAAAUUGGCAGUAGAAGUCUAUAAUGCACAUUUAGCAGAAGAAGAGAGUACGCCUUCUGUCAUGGUUCAGAUAAUUACGACAGAGAAUCACGGCCAAAGUUUGGCAAGCAGUUCUGCGCAGCCCCCUGAGACAGCUGAGGAUGUAUUCUCACAGCCUUCAACCGUUGAAGGUACAUCGGAAGAACCUGGAUUGAUUAUAGUCCCUAAUAUCACGGGUCCCGGUGCACUUGCAAAGAAGAUCCUCGAAGCCGAUGGCCGUACCGAAAAACCCCCACAUGGUAAUGCUUGGAAGGACUUUCGUGCUUACAGGAAUAAUCAGGAUAUGGGUAGUUUAUGGGAGGUCAGACAGGCUUGGUUUCUGAGGAAUAAAUAA